CGCGCCCCACGGCCUGCCCCACGGCGUGCCCCACGGCCCGCCCCACCGCCCCGUCUCCCCGCAGCACGCAGCCACCACCGACGCGUCGUCCAUGGCUUUAUUGUGGCCCGGGGCGGGCGGGGGGGGGGGGGGUCGAGCUGCGCGGCAGCAAUGCGCCCCCCCGUCGCCCCCCGGCUCCGCGGUUUGGGGCGAAACGCGGCGCUUUCAGCCCACGCAGCGGCAGGCGGCGGCCGAGAGCUGCCCCACCUGGCGCCAGCGGUGCCCGUCGUCGAGGAAGGCGACGUCCUCGUAGCGCGCGGGGCGGCAGCAGGGCGCGGGGGGGGCGGCGCGGGGGGGCCGCAGGCGGGCCAGGGCCAGCGCGUGGUUGGAGCGGGCGGGCGGGCAGCCGCCGCCGCAGUACUUGAAGAGCAGCGUCUCCUCCGAGGCGUAGCCCAGCCCCAGGUCCCGCGCCCGCACGGCCAGGCUCCGCAGCCCGCACGGCCCCCCCGCCGCCUCCUCCGCCCCCCCCGCCGGCAGCGGGAGGAGGAGGAGGAGCGGGAGGAAGGCGGCGCCGAGCGGGGCGGGGGGCAUCCUGCCUGGCGGGGCUCCGGCGGCGGCAGCGCUGGGCGGCCGGGGGCUCCGGCCCCCUUUAUCGGGGCCUGGGGGGGCGGCGCGUGGCCCUGGCGCCGCCCCCGGGAGGGGUUUACCCCCCCCCCGGGGAGGGAUUUAGCCCCCCCGGGAUGCUCCGGAGAGGAAUGUGCCCCCCCGGGGCUUCCCCAGAGCAGGAUUUUGCCCCCCGGGUCACCCCAGAGGAGGAUUUACCCUUCUGGGUCACCCCAAAGAGGGAUUUACCCCCCCCCCCGGGGCCACCCCAAAGGGGAAUUUGCCCCCCCCGGUCACCCCAAAGAGGGAUUUACCCUCCUAGGCUGCUCCAAAGAGGAAUUUGUCCCCCUGGGGCUUCCCCAGAGCAGGAUUUUGCUCUCCCUGGAUCACCCCAAAGAGGGAUUUACUGCUCUGGGGCUGCCCCAAAGCAGGAUUCAGCCCCCCGGAGCUGCCCCAAAGGGGGAUUUGCCACCCAAAGUGGGAUCCCCCCCCAAGGGAAUUCCCCCCCCCCCAGGUCGCCCCAAAGUGGAAUUCCUCCCCUGGGAGCUCCGGGCCGGCAGCUGGCUCCCCCCGGCGCGGGGAUAAAUCAGGGCCCGGCCGCCACAUUCUUUCCGCUGCCGCCCGGAGCCAAGGGAAAAACCCAUCAAUUGCCGCCGCCGCGGGAGCCGGCUCCUGCUUCCCGCUGGGAAAACCCCCCCGCCGCGGCCGGGACGCGGGGGCUCCGCCACGGGGGUGGGGGGGCUUGGGGCGCGGGGGGGCCCUACUCUUUGAGGAAGAAGUGCAUCUUGUCGUUGAUCAUCUUGCGCUCGGGGUUGAGGCGCUUGAGGAUCUGGGCGAGGACGUUGACGGUCUGCUCGCUGCUGAGCCCCGUCUUCUUGGUCUGGAACUUCUUCAGCAGGUCCUUGGUGGUCAUGGGCUUGCGGGUGAGGUAGCGCCGCACCGCCUCCUCCGUCAGCUGCACGUCGCUGGGGGGGCACGACGUGGGGGCGGCGACGGGGGGGUCAGGCCGGCCCGGGGGGGCCCCCUGCCCCCCCCAUCACCCCCCGGACCCCCCUCACCGCCAUGAAGAGCGCCGACGAGGUCUCGCUGUCGAUGUCGCUCUCCUCCGAGGUCUGCGACUCGUCGCUGCUGUCUGUGGGCGCCCAAGUGUCACCACCGGCCCCGUUCCGGCUCCUUUCACCCCAAAACCACCCUUUUUUUCCCUUCUUCCCCCCCCCCCCUUUGAACUGGACAUAAAUGCUGCUCCCCCCUCCCAGA